AUGAAAGUCUGUAUCAUAGGCGCUGGAAUGGGUGGUCUCUCCAGCGCCUUAGCCCUAGCAAAGAAUGGCUUCGAAGACAUCCACGUCUACGAAACAGCCUCGAACCUCGGAUUCGUAGGUGCAGGAAUCCAGCUCGCUCCUAAUAUGUCGCGGAUUCUGGAUACACUGGGAGUAUGGAAGGAGAUUGAACGGGAGGCUGUAUUCUGCAAAGAGACCAGUAUACGGGACGGAGCGACAGACAACGAACUAGCCCACGUCGAACUAGACGGCGUAGAAAAGAUAUACGGCUACCGCCACAUGGUCGGCCACCGCGCCUCCCUCGCCGGCGGUCUCUACGAAGGCUGCAAAAAAGAACCCUCCAUCCACUUCCACUUCUCGACCUCCAUAACCUCCAUAACGUCCUGGUCCCCAACCCCAACCUUCACCGCCGUCCCGCGGCACUCCACCCCCUACCCCGUCACCUGCGACAUCCUCCUCGCCGCCGACGGCGUAAAAUCCACCGUCCGCCAACAGAUGCUGAAACUACUCUCCCACUCCGCAGACGUCCAAGACACCGACCAAGCCGCAUACCGCAUCCUGCUCCCGCGCUCGCAAAUCGCCCACGACCCCGAACUGCUCGAACUCAUGGACGCGGAGCGCGUAACGCGCUGGAUAGGGGCUAGGCGCCACAUCAUCGCGUACCCGAUCUCCAACCACACCAUCUACAACAUCAGCACCACGCAGCCCGACACAAAUUUCGCGGCCGCGCCGUCCGAGACGUAUACCACGAAGGGCAGCAAACCGGCCAUGCUAGGCGUCUUUGAGGAUUUCUGCCCCAAGAUUCAGAGGAUGUUGAAUCUGGUGCCGGAUGGGGAGGUGUGUGAGUGGAAGUUGCGGGUCCAUGCCCCGCUGCCGACGUGGAUUUAUGGCCAUGUGGCGUUGGUGGGUGAUGCGUGUCAUCCGACGCUGCCGCACUUGGCGCAGGGCGCGGCGCAGGCGAUUGAGGAUGCGGCUGUGCUUGGAGUGUUGCUGGGGAAAGUGAGGGAUGGAAGCGGGCCGGGGGUGGAGGAGGUGUUGAAGCUGUAUGAGGGUGUUAGGAAGGAGAGGGCGGAGCAGUUGGUUGGGUGGGCGGCGGCGAGUGCGCGGGAGUUGCAUUUGGGGAGUGGGAAGGCGAAGGAGGAGCGGGAUAGGGUGUUUGAGGAGUUGAAGAAGAAGGGGGGGAAGGCGAGGGUUCCGGAUAAGUGGGCGGAUGCCGAUGUGCAGAAGGUUGUUUAUGGGGUGGAUAUUGUGAAGGUUGCGGAGGAGGAGUAU